CUGCAUAAUGUGUAUUACCCUGAGUCAUACUUUUCAGGCAACAUUGCUAAACCAGAUAUUGUGAAUUGUGUAAUGGGUUGCCCUAGAAAAUGUCACUUUGUGUGACUAUGAUUGGGAAUAAUGAAUUAUAAUAAAUCUGAAAAUGUGUUAAGAAUUGCAAAAGGAAUGUCUACCUGACAGACAAAAUCAGGGUUAAAUACUUAGCAAAUUUUGAUCCCCCCCCCCCCCACCUUACUUGCGUACGGGGGACAGCCGUACCUGUCUUCUAGCUUUUUAGCCAAAGAUUCGUGAGACGACGCUUGAAGAUUUGCGCACAGCGAUGCACUAAAAAGGACCAUGGACACGACGGACUGUCCCACCGAGGGUGAUCCCCUGAAGAGCGGAGAGGACGGAGUGGAGCCGGGGACGGCGCCUCCAGCCACCGAAUUGAAAAGAGGCUGCAAGGAAGUGCUGGGGCUUUCCAAACUGACCCACUGGCGCACUGCCGUCUUCUUCCUUUCCUUGUUCCUCUGCCUCACCGUGGUCUUUGCCUUCUCCUUCAUUAUCCCGUGUCCUGUCAGACCACAGUAUCUCGCUUCCUGGAACAGGACAUUCCCUGGCGCAGAAACCUAUGACUUCUUAGCCUUUCAAGAUGCAAGCAACGACAAAGUAAUGGAUGUCCUGCUUGUGGUCAAGGCCUCUGAAACCAGCCUGAACAAUACAUGUGCAAAUGCAGGUCUGCCGUCGCCGUGCGUGUUUAUGCUGGCAGUGGAUGGGACCGACGGGGAAACCCUGUGGGAGCGUCCACUGGAUCCGGACUUCCAUUGGGCCCAGUGUGGCCUGGACACAAACACGGGAGAGAAGUGGGACUGUCUGCUGUUUCAUUCCGACCGACUGUCAGCGCUGGACAAAUCGAACGGCGAGGUCAGGUGGCAGCAGCCGCAUCCUCCUGGUCUGCACAGCAGCCUGCCCGUGCUCAGCGUCCCCGAUCUGGACGGGGACAAGGUCAGCGACGUAGCCUUGGUGGCAUCUGACAGCAUGCAGACUCAGCUGGUGUUCCUCUCGGGGAAGACAGGCGUGCAGAUUGGGUCCACAGUGGCUCUGAACACCACAGAAACAUCCGGUCAUCUUCUCCAAAAGACCGGGGAAGGCGCUCAGUACCUGCUGCUGCAAAAGGACACCGGGUUGUACGGACUGGCCCUGUGGAGGAUUGCAGCCAAAGCCAAAGAAGGGCUGGAGGCGGGCUUCAAGAAGCCGAAACAAAUGGAGAGAAAAACCGCGGCCGCAUCCGGAUUGGUCCCCGUCUACGAGUGUGACUCACUGAGGCGUGUGGCGAGAACAGACAAGGCACAGUCGUCCAACUUGAUGCUGGUUACGGGCAACGAGGUGCUCUUAAUAGAUGGAAAGACAUUACAGCCUCUGUGGAAUUUCAAUACCACCUCAGUCUUUAGGGAACCUGGCUUUGGUCACUUCAACAAAGAUGGUAUACUUGAUAUUGCGCUUGAGGAGGAUAUGGACAACUCCACCAAGAGGGUGGUGAUCCUGGACGGGAAGUCCGGUGAGGUGCUGUGGAAAGUGGACCUUGUGUCCAGCGCCAACUUGCCUCGACCCACCUCCAUACACACCACCAACUCCAUUUCCAUCUUUGUGUUCUGGGGGCUGCUGCCCUCGCAGUCCAACUCCACCGUCGAACGUCGUUCUUAUAUGCUGUAUCCGCUCUACUCCAACGUGCUGCUUGAGUCUGAAAACAUCGCGGACCACAUCGUUACAUUUAAAGCGACGUUGAUGGAGAGAGGACGUCACGCCGCCUUCAUCCUGCUGACGGGUCCCGACGCCAAGGACACGGAAGGCACAGUCGUCCUCACGAAGUGGAAGCUGAAGCAUGACGUGCCUCAGAGCAAGGUGCUCCCCAUCGACGACAGCGAGGCCACGGAAACGGACGACAAUAUCAAACAGGCCUUUAACCGACUGCGCUUCAGCGAUAAUUGAACUAACCUUUGGACCAGUUGACAGUUUUUCUGUUCAUUCCUUCUGUGUCAAGUGUUUGUUUUUAGGCCGCGCGUUUGCAUAGACAACAAUACAUGGUUAGCCGGAUAGCGUGAUUGCCUCAGCCAUUUUUUUCAAGGUUUUCAGAAAACGAGAAAAUAAAGAAUUAAAACAAGGUCAAUGAAGAAUUAAAACAAAGUCAAUCUUAUUUUUUAAUUUUGCGGCAAGUUAAAAGAUGAUUGAGGCAAUUACGUAAGCUAUGACGCUAACGAUUCUAGAUGGUGUUUUGUCAAAACAGCUGCUGUUUUCCCUGACAAUCACACCGCCUGCUGAGAAAUCCAUCUGAACCUUUUGCUGUAUUUUAACUUGCACUUUCUCACAACGAUGCAAUUGUUUUCUUUUCCACUUAAGCUCUAUUGUGCAAAUCUAUGCAAUUGUUUCACACCUGUGCUGUAAAGGUUAGUGGGGGUAACUGCUGUACAUUUUACCACUA